GCGGCCCGUUCCGGUCACGUGCCCGCCCCGCCCGCCCCAUGGCCCCGGCGGCGGCCGCGGCCCGACCCCCGUAGCGCCGCUCCCGCUCGGAGCAGCUCCCGGCGCAAACCGCACGCUCAUUGUAGCCACAAUGGCAACAUCAUCUGAAGAAGUGCUGCUGAUAGUGAAGAAGGUGCGUCAGAAGAAGCAGGAUGGGGCCCUGUACCUGAUGGCUGAACGCAUUGCCUGGGCACCCGAGGGCAAGGACCGCUUCACCAUCAGCCACAUGUAUGCAGACAUCAAAUGCCAGAAAAUCAGUCCAGAAGGUAAAGCUAAAAUUCAGCUGCAGCUGGUAUUGCAUGCAGGGGACACAACCAACUUCCACUUCUCCAAUGAAAGCACAGCAGUAAAGGAGCGAGAUGCAGUCAAGGAUCUUCUUCAACAACUGUUGCCCAAGUUCAAAAGGAAAGCUAAUAAAGAACUUGAGGAAAAGAACAGAAUGCUGCAAGAAGAUCCUGUUUUGUUUCAGCUCUAUAAAGACCUUGUUGUGAGCCAAGUAAUCAGUGCUGAAGAAUUCUGGGCCAACCGUUUAAGCCUGAAUGCAGGGGAUAAUUCUGCAGCACCUAGUAAGCAGGAUGUGGGCAUCUCUGCAGCAUUCCUGGCUGAUGUACGGCCUCAGACAGACGGCUGCAACGGGCUGAGGUACAACUUGACUUCAGACAUUAUUGAAUCCAUAUUUAGGACAUACCCUGCAGUAAAAAUGAAAUAUGCAGAGAAUGUUCCACAUAACAUGACUGAGAGGGAAUUCUGGACACGAUUUUUUCAGUCUCAUUAUUUUCAUCGGGACAGGCUCAAUACAGGCUCAAAAGACCUCUUUGCAGAAUGUGCCAAACUGGAUGAGAAAGGGUUAAAAGCAAUGGUGUCUCAAGGAGUGAAAAACCCCCUGAUAGAUUUAACAGCUUUGGAAGAUAAAACAUUAGAUGAAGGCUAUGGUGUUGCUUCUGUGGCCUCUACAUCAAAUGCCUCAAAGUCUGCUAGAGAAAGUAGUAAUGCUGCCAUCAUAAAACGCUUUAAUCAUCAUAGUGCCAUGGUCCUUGCAGCUGGCCUCAGGAAACAAGAAGCACAAAAUGACCAUUACAGUGAGACCAGCAGUACGGAUGGAAACUCCAGGGAUUCAGAUUUCUUUCAGCCACCACUGAAAAAGGUAAAACUGCAGGAGGCCAUUGAAUAUGAAGAUUUAUCAAAGAAUAAUAGCGUUAAAACUAUUGCACUAAACUUAAAGAAGUCUGAUAGGUAUUACCAUGGUCCAACUCCAAUUCAAUCACAGCAAUAUGCAACCAGUCAGGAUAUAAUUAAUUCAUUUAAUAGUAUUAGACAAGAAAUGGAAUCAUAUGUACCCAAACUAACUCAGGUUCUUUCAAGUGGUGAUGCUGCCAGCACUAUUGCAGUCCUGUCACCUGGAGGAGCACUUAUGCAGGGUGGAACACAGCAAGCCAUAAACCAGAUGGUGCCAAAUGACAUUCAGUCUGAACUAAAACACUUGUAUGUGGCAGUAGGGGAACUGCUACGACACUUCUGGUCCUGCUUCCCUGUUAACACACCAUUCCUAGAAGAAAAGGUUGUGAAAAUGAGGAGCAACUUGGAAAGAUUUCAGGUUACAAAGCUCUGCCCAUUCCAAGAAAAGAUUCGGAGACAAUAUUUAAGCACAAAUUUGGUAAGUCAUAUAGAAGAGAUGCUGCAGACAGCCUACAAUAAGUUCCACACGUGGCAGUCCCGGCGCAUGCUGAAGAAGACGUGAGGGCACAUCCUGUACAGGUCUGAGAGCAAAGCCUGCAAUAGGGUAGGACUACAGCCUAGGUAUGUGCAGAUCUUAGAGUUGUUGCAGGAAGACCUGCAAGCUGUGGACUUCUGGAAAUGAUGCUAACUGAACUUGCACAUUUUUGAAAAAGAACUGAGAUUAAACUUGAAAACUGGGGAGAAAAACAAGGAAGAACCAAAACGGAAGAGCUGAGGCGCAAAUAUAUUUAAAAGACACUGUUUACUGCAGUUACUCAGGAACUGCUUUUGAUUUGCAUAAAGAGCUGCUUUCAGAAAUAAAAAAAAAAAAAUUUAAAGAGGGUGUAUUAAUAAAAUUUGUUUUUCUGUCUAAUUUUUUUUUUAAGAAGUGUAUGGCACAGGGUAGAUCUCAAAAGUUUUUCUUCACUGGAUUCUGACAUUUUCUUGAAUUCUGUUUGUACUUUCUGCAACAGUUUAACAAUGAUGUUUUAGAACAUAGCCGAGACUGUUUUUGCUUCAAACAUCUGGGAGAGCGUAGCUGUCAGAAGACAAGCUCCUGCCAUAUGUUUCCCCACCAAUUGGAAGCAAGAGACAUUGCACUGAAAGCUGUUCAUGGUCUGGGGUCCCUAAAGGUACACAGGGGCAAACUUUGCCUGAAGUCUUCGAUUUUUAUGCAAAAAUUUUUCAGCCAUCAGUUUUGCAUGUUUCCUUUUGAGUGCAAGUGUGUGCUACUGCAAUCUUUUUUUUUUUUUUAUGGUGGCAUUUGUUCUGAGGAGAGAAUGCAUUUUUAAAAAUGAAGUUAAAUAAAGUUUCUUAUAAAAUAAGUCA